AUGACAAUAUUUGUGCUUCCCAUAUCAGUCACAAAGAAGCUAGAAAGUCUGGCGUCUAAGUUCUGGUGGAAUGAAGAUGUCACCAAAAGAAGCAUUCAUUGGCUCCGGUGGAGCAAACUUACCAAUCCCAAGCUGGAAGGGGGCAUAGGCUUCAAAAGAAUGGCUGAAUUAAAUCUCUCUCUCGCUGCUAAACAGAGCUGGAAGCUCCUAAAUGAUACAGAUUCCCUGUGGGCAACCACCCUCAAAGAGAACUUCAAACUCCAUCAUCCUACGACCAGACCAGAAAACAUCAACCUUGUUGCAGACCUCACCCUCCCUAACAGCAGCUCUUGGAACCUGGACCUCAUUCAAGAAACUUUCUCUGAAGAAGAAAGCAAGCUGAUCCUAUCCAUUCCUAUUGGGCAUAUGAACGCUGCUGACAGCUUGAUAUGGCACUAUACAAAUUCAGGGAUUUACUCUGCUAAAUCAGGCUACAAGCUCCUUACCUCCAAUCCUGGUGGGGAUAACUCCCACCUCAGUUCUUUCUGGAAAUCCAUCUGGAAUCUUGGAGGCCCUCCGAAGCUUAGCUGCUUCAUCUGGCGUUGUGCCACCAACUCGUUUGUAGUGCAAUCCAAUUUCCAAGCGCGUAACAUCUCAGCUUUUGCUACCUGCAAAGUCUGUAACCAGGAGGAUGAAACCCUGACCCACAUGCUCUUCCACUGCCCCACCUCCAAGCAAACCUGGUUUGCUAGCAACCUGGGAAUUAUCACCCAAAACAUGAAUUUCAACUCUUUUAUUGAUUGGUGGAUAGAUGUCUCUGAUUAUUUAGCUAAUGCCAGCAUGAAAGGUCAAAUUUUGCGUGUAGCUUAUAUUUGUUGGAAUAUUUGUCUUGCCAGGUAUGCUCUUAUUUUUCAUCAAAAAGUUGUCGAUCCUAUUGCUACAGUAAGAGCUGCUCUCCAAGGUUUUACCUCUCAUCCAACCAGCUGCAAUCAGCUCUCAGCCCUUAGGCCAAGCUCAAGUCCUACUGCCAAAUGGCUAUUACCUCCCUCCGGCAGAUAA